AUUAUUAUCACGUUUAUUAUAAUCGUGGGUAUAAUAUAAUAUAAAUUAUGUUAGUGACAAGUUUGUUACUGUAAAUAGUGGAUAGUAUUCUCAGUGGAUUUUUAUGAGAACUAACAAAAAUGUAUUGUAAUGAUUAUUUUUUGGCGUCAUUUUAAUAUUUAGUAGUGAAACUGUAGAGCCUUAUAAAAAAAACUGAUAGAUUACGGAUCAGAAUUUCAGUAAAAUCAGCUGGUUUCGGGAGAACAUUAGUAACACAAAUGUUCAGCAAAACUUAACAGCUUCCUGAAUUUAUACCAUCUAAAGGUGUGUUGCACUGUCGCUUAACAGGAUAUAAUAUGGCUAUCACUUAUCAUUCUGAAGAAAUAAAUGAUUUUUAAUCUAAUAAAAACACAGCAACAAAUAUGGAUUCAGAUUCAUUGAAAGAUCCUCACAAAUCGCAUUGUAACAUUAGUAAUACAUUAAAUAACAACAGUAAUACAAGUGGUAUUGAAAAUACCAAAUUAGAUGAAUCUACUUUAAUUGAAGUAGAACAAACUAAAACUAAACAUUCUAAAAUUGGCGAUAAUAAUGGUGUUGAAUUAUCUAAACAACAGGUGCCAGUUAAACAAAUGAUUACAACUACUUCUGUUGUAAAUGUACCUAAACUAAUUAAAAUCAAUUUAAAAUCUCACUGCAUAAGUAGCUCAUUAGAUAUCAGCAGUAGUACAAGUGGUAAAGAAGUUACCCAAUUAAAUGAAUCCAUUUCAACUCAACUCCAAGAAAUAAAUAAAACGGAAAAUUUUAAAAUUGGAGAUAUACAUGAUGUUGAAAUAUCUAAACAACAAAAGCCAGUAAAUCAAAUUAUUGUAACUACUUCUGCUAAAAUUGAAAACAAUAUAUAUCCUCACAAAAUAAGUAGUUCAUUGAAUAACAGCAGUAGUUCAACUGGUAAAGAAGUUACCCAAUUAAAUGAAUCCAUUUCAACUCAACUCCAAGAAAUAAAUAAAACAAAAAAUUUUAAAAUUGGAGAUAUACAUGAUGUUGAAAUAUCUAAACAACAAAAGCCAGUAAAUCAAAUUAUUGUAACUACUUCUGCUAAAAUUGAAAACAAUAUAUAUCCUCACAAAAUAAGUAGUUCAUUGAAUAACAGCAGUAGUUCAACUGGUAAAGAAGUUACCCAAUUAAAUGAAUCCAUUUCAACUCAACUCCAAGAAAUAAAUAAAACAAAAAAUUUUAAAAUUGGAGAUAUACAUGAUGUUGAAAUAUCUAAACAACAAAAGCCAGUAAAUCAAAUUAUUGUAACUACUUCUGCUAAAAAUGAAAACAAUAUAUAUCCUCACAAAAUAAGUAGUUCAUUGAAUAACAGCAGUAGUUCAACUGGUAAAGAAGUUACCCAAUUAAAUGAAUCCAUUUCAACUCAACUCCAAGAAAUAAAUAAAACGGAAAAUUUUAAAAUUGGAGAUAUACAUGAUGUUGAAAUAUCUAAACAACAAAAGCCAGUAAAUCAAAUUAUUGUAACUACUUCUGUUAAAAAUGAAAACAAUAUAUAUCCUCACAAAAUAAGUAGUUCAUUGAAUAAUAGCAGUAGUUCAACUGGUAAAGAAGUUACCCAAUUAAAUGAAUCUAUCUCAACUGUAAUUCAAGAACGAAAAAAAAUUGAUCAUUUUAAAGUUGAUGAUGUUGAAAUAUCAUUAUCUAAUCGUAAAAUUCCAGUAAAGCACAUACUUCCUGCUAUAGCUUUUGUCAAAUCAUCUAAUAUACAUUUUCAUAAUACUCGUCGUGAUUUGAAUAGUUUAUUGGAUAAUAACAAUAAGAAACAUGGUAUAGAAGUUUCCAAAAUAAAUAAACCUACUUCAACUAUAGUACUUGAACAAAAAAAAACUGUUAGUUUAAAAAUUCUUGAUAAUAUUAAGGUUGAAAAAUCUACACAACAGAUACCAAUCAACAAACUGAUCAAAGCUCCUUUGUUUUUAAAAACGCUUAAUAAAAAUCAAAAUAAUGUAUGUCUAAGACCAAACACAUAUUCUUUGAAUAUAGAAAAAAUUGCUGUACCACAAAAAGUUAUAUCUAAUGUGAAAAUACUUCCUUCAGUUAUGACUGGCCAAAUUAAAAAACCAUCAACUUUCUCUAUAAUACCUUCCAAUACACGCAUCAAUCCAACAAAUACAAUUAUUAAAAGAUUACAAUCCAAGUUAAAUCCUGUUAAUAUUACUAAUAAUAAAUGCAUUUCGACAUUAAAACCUGGAUUCAAAAUAAUAUCUCCAAAUGACUUAAAGUCAAAACUAGUUAUAAAUCCACAAAAAAAUGGUAAAUAUGUAUUAACUAACAUAGAAAAUGGAAAAGUCACAAACUUGCCGACUUGUAUUUCCAAAUCACCUUUGUUAAAACCAUUAAAUUCUAUAAUACCAGUAACAGUCGCCGAAAAAUUUAAUGCAAUUGAAGAAAAACCAAAAAUUAAAGAUAUUAAAUCAAAAUUUGUUGUUAACUUCAAAGAAUUUCAGAAUCAAAGAUACAAAGCUUUACGAAAAAAUAAAAAAAAAAAAUUCAAACAUUUAUUUGCAUCAAACACUAACUUUCAACUUAUACAACAGAGAUCUACAAAUUCAUUUAUUAGAAAACAAAAAAGAAAAUUUAAACCUCAUACAGAUCCAUCAAGCUCUAAAGAAAUGAAGAUUGGCGUAAGUAUUACAGAUUCUAAACAUAAUCAACAAGAAAAAGUUCUAUCAUCAUUAAACAAAAAUACAAAUUUAACUGAUUUUGGAGAUAUCAGUGGACUGAAAAAACAUAUACCCCAUACUAUUACUAGUAAAGAUGUAAUAAAUAAUCAUAGAAAUGUGGUUAUUUUAAAUAAUAAUAUUAAUAAGACUAUAUUAAAUACUAAUAUUAAACAAGAAUUUUGUCCUACACCUGGAUUUUUUCAACUAUCAUCAAAGCCUGAAUCUCUAAUCAAAACAUAUGGUCAACCAUUAGCUAUAACAAAAUAUGGUAAAUGUACUGCUAAAGAACAAAAAACUGUAAGAUUAGUUCCUUUAAGUUCCAUUAACCAAUCAAAAACAAAACCGAAUGCUACUGUUAUGAUACAUGGUAAACCAGUUCCUGUUCAUAUUAUGAAAAAAAAUGAUAAUCCCAACAGAACUAUUGCUAAAAUUCCUACUCAUCAAUUAUUGAAGAUGAUUCCUAAUAAAGUUUAUGCAGCAAAUAAUACAAAAUUGAAUAAAUUUAGUAACAAACCCAACGUUUGUUACAAGAAAAUAUCGUUAGAACCAUUAAUUAAGGAUUUAUUACCAAAAGUUACUACUACUCAGAGAAUAUUACCAAAAUCAUCUCCCAAUAAAAUUAAUACAACAAAACAUCAACUAGCGAUUCCACCUGGUCAAUUUGUUACGUGUGAAUAUGAAUAUUGUAGUACAGUAGCAUACAAACUUGAAAUGAUUGAUUUUAUGUAUUGUAGCAAGGGUUGUAAAAGAUUAGCUACUAAACUAAAGUUAGCUACAGAAAAGCCUGUUGUUAUUGGACAACCACAAGAAAAUACAGAUUUUUCAAAAAAACCUCCGAUUGAUCGAAAAAUGCUUUUAGCAAAAUUGAGAAGUAGAAUUAAUAAAAGGAAGCAAAGCUUACCAUCUUUUCAAAAAGAAGAUGUAUCUGGGCAUAAAGUUGAAAAACUUUGUAAGGUGGCCUACGAGCCUAUUGCAUCUGCAAUACCAAUAACUGUAAAUCGUUCUUUUCAAAAAUCAGAAAAUAAAAGAAAAUCUUCAAAGUCAAUUAGAGCUACUACCACAGUUGUUGAAAAUGGUAAACUAGAAAAAGAAAAAAUAUUGAGCUAUUUGCAACAUACUGAUUAUGUACCUGCUCCAAAAAGAUUAUUUGACAAUCCUUUUCCAUUAGAUGCUAAUCCUUUUAAAGUUGGACAAAGAUUAGAAGGUAUUGAUCCAGAACAUGAAGCCUUAUUUUGUGUAAUGAGUGUAGUGGAAGUUUGUGGAUAUCGCAUUAAGUUACACUUUGAUGGCUAUCCAGAUAUAUAUAAUUUUUGGGUAAAUGCAAAUUGCCCAGAUUUAUUUUUCCCUAGAUGGUGUGAACAAAACUCUCGCAUUUUGCAACCACCAAAAAAUUAUAAUCAACCAUUCAGGUGGACUGAUUACCUUCAUAUACCUGGUAUUACGCCUGCUCCGAAAUGGAAUUUUCCUACUGCCUUAAAUACUAAUCGUAUAACGAAUCAUUCAUUUUAUAUUGGAGCUAAACUAGAAGCUUUAGAUAAAUUAACACGCACAACAUCAAAACAGCUUAUAUGUGUUGCUACUAUUGCUGAUUUUUUGGGAAAUCGUAUACGUAUUCAUUUUGAUGGUUGGACAGAUGAUUUUGACUACUGGACAGAUAUCACAUCAACUAAUAUACAUCCAGUGGGAUGGUGUGAUAAAAAUGGGCGAUCUUUGUGUCCACCUCGUGGUUACGAUGAUUGCAAAGGCAAAAAACCUUUUUCUUGGACUAAAUAUUUAAAAGAAACUAAUAGUCAACCUGUACCAGAAGAUGCAUUUUUUCGCAGACCAUUACGAGAAUUUACUAAUAGCAUGGCAAUUGAAGUAGUAGAUAUUGCAAAUCCUUCAUUAAUUAGAAUUGCUAAAGUAGUAGAUGUUAAAGGAGAUGAACUUAAAAUACUUUAUGAUGGAUUUGAUACUAUAUAUGCACACUGGAUUGAAGAUGACAGUCCAAAUAUUCAUCCACUUGGAUGGUGUUUAAAAACUAAUCACCCAAUUGAGCUAUUUAAAGCAAACGCAAUACUUUGGUCUUGUAGAGUUCCUGGUUGUAAUGGUAAAGGCAAUGUAAAUAUUUCCAAAAAUACUCAUGUAUUUGCUAAAGAUUGCCCAUAUGAAUUUGAGUCAUGGAAAAAAUUAAUUUCUGGGUUAAUAAUUAAACCUGAUAGAAUAACACCUGAAGAUCUAUUAUCUUCAGUUCCAAGUAGUUUGGAACCUGUGAGUACUGAUGUAACUACAGAAGAUAAUAAAAAAGAAAAAUUGAAGUCAAAUAAACUAAAAAGAUACCGUUUUAAGAAGUAUAAAAAGUAUAAAAAGUACAAAAAGUCUAAAAAAAUCAAUAACAAAUUAAAAAAUAAUUUAAUAAAAAAGAUACCCAACGGUCGUUCAAAAACUGUUUAUAAAAGAGCUGUUGAAGCAAUGGAUGAAUUAGAAAUAAUUAAAGGUGUUAAUGAUUAUACGAGCUAUGGUUAUGGCUCUUUUAAACGUCCUAGGCUUAAUGCAUGGACCAGACAUAAUGUUCUACAAGACAUACCAAUAUUUAAUACUACUGAUGUAAGAAAAUGGCCUGUAAAAGAAGUAGCUACUUUUGUUGAAAUAGUAGUUUCUAAUAAUUAUACAGAUGAUAAUCCCUCUGAUCGAAUCAAAAUAUCUAAUUAUUUUUUAAAUCAGGAAAUUGAUGGUGAUGCAUUUUUAAUGUUAACCCAAAAAGAUUUAACGGAUAUAUUAAACAUUCCUCUUGGUCCGGCGCUAAAACUGCAUAAUGCCAUUGUAGUGUUAAGACAAAGAACUUCUGCAUUUGAUGUUGCGAAUGGACUGUUAUAAAGUUAUAACUAAACAAAAAUAAGUUAUACUUUUUUACUAUGAAAUUUUAUUUUAUUUCUCAUUUUGUAUUUUAUUACUUUUUUAUUUUAAAAUAUUUAGUACUAUAUUGUGCAUUUUAAUUUGAUACCUUUUUCUUUUAAAGCAUUUAUGUGUUCUUUACAAUUAAUAAUAGUUACUUAUAUAAUUUUUUUUUUUUAUGUAAGGAACAUACACAUAUUACAACAUAAAAAUUUGUUUUCAGCAAUUUAGCAAAUUUUUAGCUAUAGAAUACAUAAUAUGCAUUAUUUGUCUAUUUGUAGUAUAUUAAUUUACAAUGGUUCCCAAAACAUUGUUGAUUUUAUAAAAAUAUUUUUUUAUAUAACUUAACAAAAACAAGUAUUAUUGUCAUUUGUCUAUAAAUAUAGUUAAAUUAAUAUUUUGAUUAUUAUUAUUUAUUACAUUGUUUUAUUUAUAAGCAUAUUAUAACACUAUAAUUGGUAAUUUUAUUAUUAUUAAAUGUUUAAAUCAUAAAAUGGUGAUUAGUUAUAA